CAUCGAAUAAGCAAAUUCUUUCUCAUGGCACACAAUUGGAAUAUGCUAUAUUAAACAGUGGAGAAGAAAGUCUGCAACUUUUCUUGUAGAGCAGAUCCAUCAUUCCCCCACCUGAAUUCGGACCCUCUCACAGACCAAUUCGAAACCCACAACAGACUCUGAGUUACCUACUGCCCUGAAAUUCGCUGCGUUCAACAAACUCUGUUUUCGUUCUUUUUUUGUUCUCUACAAAAAACUUUCUUUCUUUCUCAACCUUUUUUUAUAUAAAUUCUGUGGAAAGUUAUAUUUUUGGAGAUGGGAAGCUCGGAGGAGAAGGUGGCUGCUGUUAUCAUGGUUGGCGGACCAACCAAAGGGACCCGAUUUAGGCCUCUUUCAUUCAAUACCCCGGAACCCUUGUUUCCUUUAGCAGGGCAGCCGAUGAUUCACCAUCCCAUUUCUGCUUGUAAACAGAUCCCCAAUUUAGCUGGGAUUUACCUAAUUGGGUUUUAUGAAGAGAGAGAGUUUGCAUUAUAUGUCUCCUCAAUAUCUAAUGAGUUGAAAGUACCAGUAAGAUACUUAAAAGAGGAUAAACCACACGGUUCUGCUGGUGCCCUUUAUUACUUCAGAAAUACUGUCAUGGAGGACAACCCGUCACAUAUCCUCCUGCUAAAUUUUGAUGUUUGUUGCAGUUUCCCACUGCCAGACAUGCUUGAGGCCCACAAAAGAUAUGGGGCGAUGGGAACAAUGUUAGUCAUCAAGGUUUCUGCUGAAUCAGCUAACCUGUUUGGUGAGUUGGUCGCUGAUCCAAGCACGAAAGAGUUGCUCCACUACACAGAGAAACCUGAGACAUUUGUGAGUGAUUUGAUAAACUGUGGAGUUUACAUUUUUACGCCGGCUAUAUUUACUGCCAUUCAGGAUGUCUCCACACAUCGGGAUGACAGAGCUAAUGUAAGCCGUGUGUCAAGCAUUGAAGCCUCACAGUCUAUGUCAAGGACUUUUCCCAUAGAUUUUGUUAGAUUGGACCAAGAUAUUCUGUCACCUCUGGCUGGAAAGAGACAGUUGUACACAUAUGAGACUUUGGAUUUCUGGGAACAGAUAAAGACACCAGGAAUGUUGUUGAAGUCUUCUGGUAUUUAUCUAGCCCAGUACCGAAUCACCUCUCCCAAUCUUUUGGCUAGUGGAGAUGGAACUAGAAAUGCUACAAUAACUGGUGAUGUAUAUGUGCAUCCAUCAGCAAGAGUACAUCCAACUGCAAAGAUUGGUCCGAAUGUCUCUAUCUCAGCAAAUGUUCGUGUAGGAGCAGGUGUAAGGCUCAUAAAUUGUAUCAUCUUGGAUGAUGUUGAAAUUAUGGAAAAUGCAGUUGUUAUAAACUCUAUUGUUGGAUGGAAGUCAUCCAUUGGCAAAUGGUCACGUGUACAGGCCAAUGGAGACUACAAUGCAAAGCUUGGAAUUACCAUACUCGGAGAGGCUGUAACAGUGGAAGAUGAAGUUGUGGUGAUCAACAGCAUUGUUCUUCCAAAUAAGACCCUUAACGUUAGUGUCCAGGAUGAGAUCAUUUUGUGAAAAUGAAAAGACUAGACACAGCCUUACGACGAAAAUUCUGAGUUUUGCACCACCUCCCUUUUCCUUCUUUUUCCUUUCCAAAUUGUUCCAUGGAUUGAGGUUUAGAUACAGUUGCAGAAAUUUUUGAACUAAAAAUGAUUGAUGAGAUUAGAGUUUCUAGUCAUUUUCAUAACAAGAAUGAAAAAAUGAAUCUUAU